AUGUCAGUAGCACAGUCUGGACUUUCUACAAUCAAUUCUAUUAUUUUCGGUGUUGCGGCUAUUGUAUUGAACAUAUUUCUUAUCUACGUGAUAAGAAAGAAAGCCACGAAUCUCUUUGGCGGUUACAAACACAUGAUGAUCGCCUAUGCUGCAUUCGAUGCAUUUUUCAGUGCUGUUGAUAUCAUAUGUAGUCCUACUUUUGCUGCUACUCCCGAAAUGUCGGCGUUGCUUAUUGUAAACGGUGGCCUUGAGAUGCCAACAAUCUGUGGACGUAUACUAUUGGUGCUAUUUGUUUUCUUAUUGUGCACUUCUAUCGUCAUACCAGCUUGUUUAUUUGUGUUCCGAUAUCUACAGAUAUGC